AUGCUUGGUGAACGGGCAUGGUUCCUACCAUACGACCCUUCAUUACCACCUAUCCACGUCUGUGAAGCAGCAUGCGCAGCAUUCGCCACCAGGCUUCGAAUGGUCCUUACCAAGAGCGAGACCACUUCUCACAUGCCACGAACGCAAUACACGACAGAGACUACGUUGAUGAAAAUGCGCAAUCCCGCAAUCGAAUGGCCGAGUCUACCCCAGGCUCGUCUUUUACUUCAGAUCGUGUUCAAUCAGGUGACACGGGUGUACCAUUUGGUUCUUCGCAAGUCGACCAUUGAUCAGCUCGAGGAAGUCUAUCGCAAGGCUAACUUCGACGAUCCCGUAUUGACAUGUAAAUUAUUUGCUCUCUUUGCUCUGGGAGAAGUAUAUUCGGCACGAUCAAAUCCGAGCGUGGAAUGCAACGUCCCCGGCGUGGCAUAUUAUGUCAAUGCGAUGACGAUGAUACCUAUCUUGCCGGAACGACCAAGCUUGGCACAUAUUGAAACCCUUUUACUUUUGUCACUAUAUUCGUUUUUCUUGAACCGACGCCAUUCGGCAUUUCUAUUGGUCGGUAGCGCUAUGCGUCUAGGCUUGACUGUAGGGCUGAAUCACAAUAUCCCAGAAUGCAAGUGCCCAGACCCCGUGGAGCGUCAACACCGGACCAGACUAUGGUGGGCAAUCUAUGUAUUUGACCGAAUGUAUGGCUCGAAAGUCGGCUGGCCGAUUCAAGUUUCCGACGCCGAUAUCUACGUUGAGAUGCCAUCCAAUGUACCUGGAGACAUCCACGACGAUCAUACCUCUGACACUGAGUACCUGGUCGCUAGUAUUGAGUUGGCCAAAAUCACAGGUCAAGUCAUUGACCAAGUGUACAGCCGAAAGAAGUUCCCAGAGUCUUUCUUGUACCGGGAGCAAAAGUUGCUCAUCUCUCUCAAGGAGUGGUGCGGUGCUCUUCCGCCGCAGAUACGGCUCAACCGCGACGGCCCCGUUCCGAAGAAUGUCAUAUCUCUACAUCUUCAGUUCAACCAGUGUAUAAUGCUAGCCAGUCGGCCGAUUCUUCUGCACACGCUGAUCCAAGCUCGAUCCUCACAGUCUAAUGAAGAGGAUAACUGCCAGCCAAACAUCCGCCAAACUCUGAAAACACUUAGCGAUGCAUGUAUCCACGCUGCAAGACAUACCCACUCGCUAAUCGUGGAAGAAUGGACCAAUGGAUCACUCCCAAUCUUCGGAUAUUUCUAUGCUCAUUAUCUCUUCUCUUCGGCCCUGAUAAUGGUCAUUUCCAGUCUGGUAUACCCCGAGAAUAGCAAUGACUUUGCCUUAUUCGAGGCAGCUUUUGAAAUUCUGCGCGCGAUGAGCAGCCACGGAAAUCUUGCUGCGACUGAAUUUUACGAUAAUUUAGAAUGCGUGAAGCAGUGCUUAGAUGAGAUGAGAGGGUUAGAAGGCGGUCGUUCCCAGAGUAUGUCUCGUGUUGCAGAGGUCUCGACUGACUCACUUGCUAUAAUCGCCCCUAACCAGCUGGGACCUUGUGGGAACACCGAUGUCCCUGGUAUUCCCGAAGUUACCAUACCGACAAAUUCUGCAAACGACAUGGCCUUCCUAGGAGAGAGCAUGGAGGAGUUCCUAGCGCAGCCGGAUCUCGACUUUGAUUUGCUCGACCCCUCUCUUACCGAUGCUGUAUACUCAUGGCCAAACCUUUCUUUAUGGACCACAUGA